AUGUAUGAAACGGCUCAAGGCAAUCAUAUGUUUAUUUGUUUUCUCAAUCUUGCACUGUACAUAUUAUUGACGGGGACGCAACUCGUGUCUGGAUGGGGUGAUUGCCGGACUGGAGCAACAUACGCCUGCUAUCUUCCUGAUGUAAUCAUUUUUACAUUUACUGGUGCUAUCUUGACGCUUUUGUUGAGUCUUUAUGGGAGUAUCUCAAAGCGAUACCGAUUUCACACGCCGGCUCUCGUGUAUUUGACCCUAACCGCACCAAUCCUCACUUGUGCCUGGGCCUGGAAGAUUAACCAAUUGAAUUGCAAGAGGAAACUGCCUUGGGAUGAAAAUUAUUGUUUUUAUAUAAUUUGUGUGAUGCCCGUCUCGAUCCUACUUUUUCUCCUUCAACUUUUCUCAAUUUGGGAUUUGCAAAGAAGACAAAGGCUUGAGCAUAAAAUAGAACGGAAGAAAGAACUGGCGAUUCUAGCAAAACCUUACAAUCAGAAUCGCUAU